UAAUCAAACUAAGUGUUAAUUUCUCAAUCUUAGUUGCGGUAACAAAAUAGAAGGUUGAGAUUGACUAACUAAUUAAUUUAAACUAGAGUAAGAGUAAGAAUAAGUAACUAGAGUAGAAUGUUUAAAAUUGAAUUGAUUUGUCAAAUCUAUCAACAUUAAUAUGUAGUUAUCCCAUAAACAAUAAAAUGAAGAUAAAGAAUAAACCUCACAACAUAAUAAAUCUCAACCAAGAUCUUGAAAAAUAUUUCCUUUUAAAUUUGAUCUUUUGUAGCGAGAUCACGCUUUAUUAGAGUUGUUUAGCAUUGUUUUAUCUGUCAUCUCCCUUGUAUUUUCAGCUUAGUCAAAUUAACGAGGGCCUUAUAACUCUAAUGGCAUCAAAACUUGACAACAACUACUCUUACAUCUAAAAGAUAGAUAAUAUUUUAAUGAUUUAUGCAAUAAAAUUAUUUCAAAUACGUGAGAUAAUCAUGAAUAAAAGUGUCAAAUUAAGUUUUAUGAAUCCAUCGUAACUCAUGUUGCCAAAGAGAGCCUCCGUUGCACCUGCAGGAAUAAAUGUAGAGCACAAAUCUUGCCUUGAACGGUUAACAUGUUUAGGACAUAGACAGUUUUAUUACGAAAAAUAUUAUUCCCUUUAAAAUGGGACUCCACUUGGAAUAUAGAAUGUACUUUUCCUCUUGAAUAAGGAAUGAGUUCUCUGCACCACAUGAAAUAACGCCAAUAGCAACAACAUAUAUUUUUUGAGAAAUAGUAUUAUUCGUUGCUAAUCUUGAUUAAUAAUGAAUUUAAUAAAAAUUUUAUUUGUUAAAUUAACUCGACGUUAAUUUUAAUAUUAAUUUUUUUUCAGUAGUGUCAUUUUCUUAUUGCACAGCCGGGACACUAUAAGUGUAGGUUGUAGGCAAGGCCCUGUUUCCCUUAGCACCACCAAAAUGGCUCAUAGCCAAAAAUGAUUUGAUCUCUUGGGAAGAAGUUGGUUGCAAAGUUACGAGGAAACCACGGAGAUCUUGUAGUUUCCAGUUCAAUUAUUCCUUUCAUUCGGAAAUUUCUCCAGCACAUGAUACAACCAUUCUUCUGCACUUGUUUACUGAGUUUCUGAAACAUCAAAACCAACUCCCACUUCUUCAAAUUCUCCGAUGUAAGUAGAGGUGUCUUCGUGGAAACAUGGGUGAAAACAGCCUCAAGAUCGUCAUGUAUCCAUGGUUUGCCAUGGGCCAUCUCACCGCAUUCCUUCAUAUUUCCGACAAAUUUGCAGAGAAAGGCCAUAAAAUCUUCUUUAUCCUCCCCACAAAAACACAGUCCAAACUGGACCAAUUCAAUCUCCAUCCCAACCUCAUCAAAUUCAUACCAAUUACCGUCCCACAAGUCGACGGUCUCCCUGAUGGGUCCGAAACCACCGCCGACGUCCCGUUUCCUAUGUAUUCACUUCUCCGGCACGCAAUGGAUCUGACAGAGCCCGUCAUCGAAGGCUUCCUCCGAGAACUCAAACCCCAUUUCGUGUUCUUCGAUUUCACCCACUGGUUGCCCGCCCUGGCGCGGCGUUUAGGCAUUAAGUCCGUUCAUUACUGCACCAUAAGUCCUGCAUCUGUGGCGUACCUUUUCCGUGAUGAGCCUGCAGCUGAUGCUUUCUUGGAACCUCCACCUGGUUUUCCCCCAUCAGCAAUCAGUCUUCACAAACAUGAAGCGCGCGGAGUGGAUUGGAUCAACAAUAUAAAAGAGUUUGGCAAUGGGAUGAAAUUUGUGCAGCGUGUACUUAUGGCGGCUGAGGAGUGUGACGCUAUGUGUUUUAAAUCUUGCAACGAAAUGGAGGGCCGGUUUUGUGAAUUUCUCGAGAAAAAGUUCAAGAAGCCAAUGAUUCUAGCAGGACCAGUUUUACCGGAGCCUCCAACCUCAAUGCUGGACGAGAAAUGGGCAAAAUGGUUGGACCAAUUCAAAGCCAAAUCUGUCAUCUUCUGUUCAUUUGGCAGUGAGGCUAGGUUGGAAAGGGAUCAAUUCCAAGAAUUGAUUUUGGGGUUUGAGCUCACCGGCUUUCCAUUUCUGGCGGCCCUAAAACCACCCAUAGGGGCAGAAACGGUGGAAGAGGCUUUGCCGGAAGGUUUCAAGAAGAGAAGUGCAGAAAGAGGGGCUGUACAUGGAGGUUGGGUUCAACAACAGUUGAUCCUAUCACACCCUUCAGUAGGAUGCUUCGUCACACACUGCGGAUGGGGUUCUUUGUCGGAAGCCAUGGUGAAUGAAUGCCAGUUGGUGCUACUUCCACAUGUGGGCGACCAACCGAUCAAUGCGAGAUUGAUGGGAGGAGACCUGAAAGUUGGGGUGGAGGUUGAGAAAGGAGAUGAAGACGGGUUGUUUACAAGAGAGGGUGUGAUGAAUGUCAUAAGGUUGGUGAUGGAAGAUGGCAGUGAGAUUGGAAAAGAAAUUAGAACAAAACAUGCAGAGUGGAGGGAGUUCUUGUUGAGGGAAGGGCUUGAGAGUUCUUACUUUGAUGAUUUUGUUCAUAGGCUGCAACGCCUUUUGGAGCAUUAAUAUAAAAACAUACAAAAAAAUGUAUCAAGUUUUAAUUUGAGUUAAUUUAUAAGU